UCCAAAAGUAAAAACCUGCCCCAAUAAAUCAAAAAUCCAUGGUCAGGAACUCACAGGUUAUACAACUCCACAUAACGACACUACCAUACCAUAUUACCAUUGUCACUCUCAUUAAUUGCUAAGAAAUCAGACACAUAUUCCAUAUUCAAUGCCAAAAAAAGUUCAACCAAGAAAUACAAUUUGCACUAAAAACCUCCCAUUAUUAUAAAAGUGGACUAAAGUUUGUACCUUUGUGCUAAUUUUCUCCUCUUUUCCUCUAAUUUUUUCUAUAAUUGGGCACGUGAAAUAGAAGCUACUGGAAAGUCUAACUCUUUCUCCCAUCACUACUACUUCUUCUUCUUAAUCACCUUCUUUCUCUCUCCUCAAUUCCUGUAAAAUUUCAGCAAAAUGGGUUUUCGAUCAUUUUGCAAUUUGAGUAAUUUAAGCUUCAUUUUCAUGGUUUUCUUCAUUUUUUCUACCUUUACUUUUACAGGAGCAUAUGAUCCUCUCGACCCAAACGGGAACAUUACCAUCAAGUGGGACAUCAUAAAUUGGACUCCUGAUGGUUAUGUCGCUGUGGUUUCGAUUUUUAACUUCCAAAAGUACCGUCACAUUCAAGCACCAGGUUGGCAACUUGGAUGGACUUGGGCAAAGAAAGAGGUAAUUUGGAGCAUGGUGGGUGGCCAAGCAACUGAGCAAGGGGAUUGCUCAAAGUUUAAGGGCACUAUUCCACAUUGCUGUAAGAAAGAUCCAACCGUUGUAGACUUGAUGCCCGGGACUCCUUACAACCAGCAGAUUGCCAACUGCUGUAGGGGAGGAGUGCUCAGUUCAUGGGUGCAAGAUCCUCCCACGGCGAUUAGUGCAUUUCAGAUUAGUGUGGGUCGAUCAGGCACCACAAACAAAACAGUCAAAGUGCCAAAAAAUUUCACCCUAAGUGCACCUGGACCUGGUUACACCUGUGGACCUGGAAAGAUUGUCAGACCUAGCCAAUAUAGAACCCAAGAUGGGAGGAGAACCACCCAAGCUUUGAUGACUUGGAACGUGACAUGCAUGUAUUCUCAGUUUUUGUCCCAGAAAACUCCCACGUGCUGUGUAUCACUUUCAUCCUUCUACAAUGACACUAUCAUAUCUUGUCCAACAUGCAGCUGUGGCUGCCAAAACAAUGCCUCUAACCCAGGAAGCUGUGUAGAGCCGGACUCCCCAUAUUUAGCUUCAGUUGUUUCUCCUGCACAUUCUAGCAAAACAAGUUACUUGCCACCUUUGGUUCGAUGCACUAGCCAUAUGUGUCCAAUUCGGAUUCACUGGCAUGUCAAAACCAGUUACAAGGAUUAUUGGCGAGUUAAGGUUACAAUUACAAACUUUAACUACAGGAUGAACUACUCAGGAUGGAACUUGGUUGUGCAACAUCCUAACUUUGACAACUUGACAGAGCUUUUCAGCUUUAAUUACGAACCAUUAACUCCUUACUCGAAUAUAAAUGAUACUGCCAUGCUAUGGGGAAUCAAGUUCUAUAACGAUCUGCUUAUGCAAGCUGGUCCACUUGGCAACGUCCAGUCUGAAUUACUCUUCCGGAAGGACUCGUCUACAUUUACAUUCGAAAAGGGCUGGGCUUUCCCUCGCAGGAUCUACUUCAAUGGCGAUAACUGUGUCAUGCCACCACCCGAUACCUACCCAUGGUUGCCAAAUGCCAGUCCUCGGCCCAAUUUCUCUCUCUUAACUACAACAUUGACACUAUUGUCAGCCCUGGCAUUCCUAUAUACUCAUGCUUGAGGAUUGAGAUCCAUGCUCUCGAGGACUUGGAGAAAUACAUGGAAAAACCCGAAUGGUUUUUGAUUUCAACAGUUGGCUUUUGGAAAACCUGAGCGACAAGCCUGUUGAAGAUUAGCUGCACAAUCACCCUUCAGGAGGGAUGAACUUUGCUGUUUGUCUUAUGAUUAGGUUGGUGAAUUCAUUGCCAUUUUGUUCUCAUUUCUGUUGUACUUCAGGUUUAUUUAUGUAUUACAACUAAUCAUUUUUCUAUGUAUAGAUUUCAUGUACUAUAAAACUUACAAUUGUAACAAAAUUGUCCACCAUAUUCUUCUUGAAAACAAAUAAUGAAUGUUUCUAUGCCUGAAUUCCUUCAUUA